AUGGGCUACGAUUUUACCGUCUUCAAGGGAUCCCCCGAUGGAUCCAUCCGCGAAACCACCGCCCACCGCGAUGACCUCACCGGGGACCAAGUUCUCGUCAAAAUCAGUCAUUCCGGCGUCUGCUUCACCGAUGUCCACUACCGCAAGGCCGACAUGGCUCUAGGCCAUGAAGGAGCCGGGUCUGUCGCUGCCGUCGGCCCCAACGUCAAACACCUCAAAAAGGGAGACCGUGUCGGCUGGGGCUACGAACACGACAGCUGCGAACAAUGCCGUCAAUGCUUGACCGGCUGGGAAACCUUGUGUUCCGAACGCCAGAUGUACGCCAGCGCCAAUUUGGACCAGGGUUCGUUCGGCACCCACGCCAUCUGGCGCGAGGCCUUCCUCUUCCGUGUUCCGGACGGUAUCAGCAACGAGGACUCGGGCCCCUUGAUGUGUGGUGGAUCGACAGUGUUCAAUGCCCUUCAUGUGGCAGAAGUCAAAUCCACCGCACGCGUGGGAAUUGUCGGCGUUGGAGGCCUUGGCCAUCUGGCCAUCCAGUUCGCGGCCAAGAUGGGCUGCCAGGUCGUCGUCUUCUCCGGCACGGACAACAAGCGUGAAGAAGCGAAGAAGCUGGGCGCUGCUGAAUUCUAUCCCACCAAGGGCGCCAAGGAAUUGAAGAUUGAAAAGCCCGUCGACCACCUGAUCGUGACGACGAGCAGCCAGCCCGACUGGAACCUUUAUAUUCCCGUCUUGGCUCCCGGGGCGAGCAUCUCGCCGCUGUCGGUCGCUAUGGAGGAUUUCAAGUUCCCCUACAUGGGCCUUUUGUCCAAUGGUUUGCGGGUGUUGGGCUCCAUCGUCGCCGCACGAAAGGUGCACAUGGAUAUGCUUGAGUUCGCGGCCUUCCACGGCAUCAAGCCAAUCAGUGUUCGAUACCCGAUGACGGCUGAAGGGAUUCAGGACUGUCUAGAUACCUUGGAAGCAGGCAAGAUGCGCUACCGGGGUGUUCUCGUUGUUUAA